AUGAUAUUAAGAAGUCAGAUUGCAGUCUAAAAGUCAUGGUUUUAAAGGUGGAAAGUACCAAGAGCUCAAGUGCAACCCUCCCCACCAACGUGCCCUCUUACAGGUCUCUGUCUUCCUUCCGUGAGGAUUGCCCUAGUAGUCACACUAGCUUCUCAGAUGGCGAGCUUGCCCGGAAUGUGAGGGAAGGUGUCAAGCAUAGAAUCUUUUACCUCUCAGAGCAGUUGAGAGUGGAAAAGGCCAGUAGGGAUGAAAAUACCAUGAGCUACCUCAAGCUGGUAUCCAAAGCUGACCGGCACCAGGCCCCACAUAUCCGGAAGGCCUUUGAGAGGGUGAACCAGCGCACCUCUGCCACUAUUGCUCAUAUAGAACGAAAACUCUAUCAGUGUCAUCAGCAGCUAAAGGAGCUGGAAGAGGGCUACAGUCCCACAAGCUCAGUGCUGAAAGUGGGCAGUGACUUGGAUAGUCAUAAGCAGCCAAGUGGGAAGGUUUCAUAUUCCAAGUUGUCCAAGUCAGGUGGGGAAGAUAGCCUGCCCAUCAACGUUGCUAGGUCCUCUACUCUAGAGAGUCACUUAUCAGAAAUGCAGCAGAGGAAAGUGGCCCAGCAACAAAAGCUGCUUUUGCAGAAGAUGAAGGAAGAACUGACAGAAGCCAAGAAGGUCCAUGCUAGCUUUCAGGUCUCCCAUCAAAGCCUCAAGGAAAGUCAUAUGAUUGAUGUGCAAAGGAUACUGGAGUCACUCCAGGAAAAGAAAACCAGACAAUCACUGAUGGAAGAACAGGUGAAUGAUCACUUGCAGAGAUACCUGGAUGAGAUUUUCCACCUCAAACAGCAUCUGGCAUGCACUGAAGAGAAAAUGGCCUAUUUGUCCUAUGAAAGAGCCAAGGAAAUAUGGGAUGUAAUGGAGACUUUCAAGACCAGAAUAACCAAGCUAGAAACUCUACAGCAAGCUACCCAACUGGAGAUGAUGGCCAGCCUCAGAACCCGUCCCAAGGACUUUUUGUUCAGAUUCAUAAGCCUGCUUCUCACUCUGACCACUAUCUUCUUGGUUGUGGUUUCUACAUUGUGUUCUUGCCCCUUGCCCUUGCUCAACUCACGCCUGCGCAUCUUCAUUGUAUUUAUGAUCAUUGGGCUUGGGACUUUGGCCUGGCAGAAGCGCCAUGUCAUCUCUAUUAUUGACUGGCAGGCCUGGGUCCCAUUUAAGUGGAGACCAGACUUAAAGGAUGCUAAGCCUCCACCAGAUGGACACUGAGGGGCAAGAAGUGCCAUUCACCUGAAUUUCUUGCUUUCAGUUGUUGAGGACAUCCAGUAGGACCCUUUUAGAAAGCUACUUUGUUGCUCUCAUUUUCUUAAUUCUGUAACUGCAAGCCCCGUGAGAUACAUGCAGAUGCCAACUUGCCU